UGCUUGUGGGUGGGGUUUGUUUUGCCUCUACAUUUUCAUCAUAUGUGAAGCGAUUGCUUACUAGCUAUGUCUUGUUUAUUUGUGCUAUGGAUUUAUUUCAUUAUUAAAAUAAAUAUAUUGGCACAUUAUUGAUUAGUUGAAAGCCCGUUCCUGACAAAUUUCACAGGGGAUUGCCCGUCAAACAUAUUUCAUAACAUAAAGUAAUAAAAUUUGGACAAGGGGUAUAUAUUUUACUAUUUUUGCGUAAAAUAGGAUCUCUAUUUUCCAUAAUUACAAUAUCCUGCUAUUAAAGAGGACUGAUUGUGUACUGCAUUACUGAUUGUUUUACUAUAUUUUUUUAGUAAACAUACAAAUUUUAAACAUAGAAUAAUCAUGAUUUUUAAGAGUUUCAUAAUCAAACUUGUUUUUUCUUCCAUAGUGAGUUGGGAAUAAGAUCAUAAAAUAGCUUCAACUCUCUUGUUUUACACAUAAAUUAUUGUUCUUAUUGUUCUCAUCAAGCAUGUCUCAAACAUGUUGUUUAAAAAACUCAGUUUUUACUUCAGAUCUUUUUUUAUUUCACUGUACAACAUUGCAACCAGUGACGCCAUAGCUUAGUAUUUAUUAACUCUUGCAUUUUGUGUUGAAGAUCAGGGUUCUAUUACCUUUGGCAAUGAUUCAAUAUGGUUUGACAGUUAACACAGUUGAUGACACAAUAAUUAACAAAAUGGAUGGUUGCAUUAUAUAUGACCAUAAUGUCCUGGAUAAUAUUCAAGUUAUUGCUUUUGUUGGAUUUUUUUCAUCUGCAUUGAGUAUACUUGGUACAGUGUCCAUAAUUGGUUUUAUUCUUUGGAAAAGACUGUAUUUUCAAAAGGAAGUACGCCCCUUACUUCACCUGUCAAUAGCAGACUUUUUGUUGUCAUUGUUAUGGAUAUCAUCAACCAUAUCCUAUCUCACACAAGAUUUUCAAAAGCAAACUCAAACGCAUGCUAACAUAUGUUUUGUUUGGCAGUUGCUAACUGAGUUAAUUCAUCUUAUUACAUUUUUGCUGACUGUCAACUACUCAGUAAAUGUGUAUUUACAAAUGAAGAAGAAAAUAGAACGUGUACAUCUCAUCCACGAUUCUGCUGCAAACUUGAUGGAAACAACACAUGAACAAAAAAUCAAAAAUUUCUUAUAUUUAACUUCCUGGAUGCUUCCCUGGAUUUUACUUAUUCCAAUCUUUGUAAAUAUUAAACCAGAGAACAUAUCUCUCUGUCAAAAAUGCGUUCUUCUGAUAGAUGUUCCUCGCUUGAAAGGGAAUGCAACCGAGCUUCAGCGACAGUAUGGUUAUAUCAUCCUUGCCACGACUUUAUCCUUUUCAAUUGUGUCAAUUUCGGUUCUGUAUUGUAUAACUUUAAAAAUUUACUGGAAAGCUGUCCCAGGUUUUCGUACAGACCGAGAGCGAAAAAUUUUUUCAAACAUGCAGAUUCGAGUAACACUUUACAUGGUUUCUUUUUUGAUUUGUUGGGCUCCAGCUUUGAUUAUAUCCUGCACCAAAUGGAAUGAGCUAAGAAACAACACAGAUGAUAGUAAAAACGAUUUGAAGCAACUCUAUUAUCUAUAUCUAUUGCAGGCUAUUUUGGCACCUUUACAAGGCUUCUUAAACAGUCUGGUGUAUGGUUGGACACGAAAAUCAUUUCGUAACGCUGCUAGCCCAUCUGAUAAUCAUCGAAACCCUAAUUUCGCUACUCCGUAUUAUGACCACUUGCCUUCUGUGACGUCAUAUGACAAUCCGGAAGCAGAUAGUAGUAUGGAGGAGAGCGGACGUUACACUCCAUUAGCAUUGUAAUUAAACGCUGAAAUGGAACUACUUUUUCAUUCAUUUUUGUGCACAAAAAUAAAAAUGUAAAGUUUUUGAAUCACAUAAUAUAAAUAUGCAAAAUAUUUUGUAUUGACACAAUGUCAACAGUGCGAAGUAAAGAAGUAUUGUAAAUAUAUAAAGUGUAAAUUAUGUCAGUUUAACUUUUUAUUAUUUUUAUUCA